GGAAAGGCCGCCGUUUCGAAAAUCUGAAUCUGCCCUACAUUAAAUUAAUCGCGCUUUUAAAUUCUUGAUCCGGUUCUUUCCUCGAAACCCUAACAUCUGCGUCUCUGCCUCAAUCCUCCAACUCGCAUCAUCUUCUGAGAUCCACACCGGAAGACUCUGCCGCCGCAGCCAUCUCCUGUCGAUCGUCGAAGAUGUCGAGCGCCCUUGACAUGUCCCUCGACGACAUCAUAAAAAACAACAAGAAGAGUAACGUCGGAGGCCGUGGACGGGGCCGUGGCUCCGCAGCUGGCCCUUCCCGUCGCUUCCCCAUCCGAUCGGCCAACCGAUCCGCCCCCUACUCGGUCGGGAAGGCUCCUGAAUCUGCGUGGCAGCACGACAUGUACUCAGCAGUCGGGUUUCCUGCUCCGACGGCGAGGGCUUCCUCCAUAGAGACCGGAACAAAAUUGUAUAUUUCGAAUCUGGAAUAUGGGGUCUCAAACGAGGACAUCAAGGAACUUUUUUCAGAAGUUGGGGAUCUCAAGCGCUAUUCUAUUAAUUAUGAUAGAAGUGGAAGGUCUAAGGGAACAGCUGAAGUAGUUUUUGCAAGGCGACUUGAUGCUUUAGCAGCUGUGAAGAAGUACGACAAUGUGCUGCUUGAUGGAAAACCAAUGAAAAUAGAUAUUAUAGGAACAAAUAUUCCAACACCAACUGUUGUACCUCAACUCUCCAAUGGUGCCAUAGGAAUUGCUAAUGGUGCUCCAAGAAGCAUUGGACCUGUGAGGAGUUUUGCAGGAUUGCCACGAGCUGGUGGCCCUGGAAGAGGACGGGGUCGUGGGCGUGGUAAAGGUCGUGGUGAACCAGUUUCUGCUGCAGCCCUGGAUGCUGAUUUGGACAAGUAUCAUGCAGAAGUGAUGCAGACUAACUGAAUGGUCCUAACUGGCUUCAUCAGCAUACUACAAUUGCAACCAUUGCAUGCAGAUGCUGGUCUUCAUUAUUAUUUAUUUGGCAAACAUGCAUAAUGUAGCUUAUGGACGAUAGGACUAUGAAAGUACUCUUAGAUUUUGGCUUUGCUAUUUGUUUUGGUUUAAACUUCCUGCUAGUACUAGGAUUCAAAUGAAAAUCUAGCAUCACCCAGUCAUCA